CCGCGAGCUUCAGACCAGCCUCCGCUUGAAUUCACCGCCUCAUGCAGCGACGCGUCGCUGGCGGUUUCACGCUGGUGUCUCAGUCAUGCACACAUAGACAGGCUGCUCUGGCUGCUGCCUGGAAUGAUUUGUAUCACAGUGGGAGGAAGCAUCUGAGCAGGAGAGUGAAACCACUGGACCAUGAGGCUGCUGGUCAUCCAGGUCUGACCUCUGCCCUCCGUCUGCAGCGAUCGCUCAGGAGGGAAGUUCAACAAAAGCAAGGUGUUUUAAGGUAAAAUAUGAAGGACUGAUCAAAGGAUAAAAAUGUCUCUGGAGACUUCGGACAAGUCGGUGCUCAACUCGUCAGGAUGUGGCCACGACAUGAGGAGCUGGGAGGAGAGCAUGGACAAGAUGUACACCUACUUCUACCUGCUGGUCUUCGUCCCCGGGCUGCUGCUGAACACCACGGCCCUCUGGGUCCUCUGCAGACACAUCAGUAAGAAAACCAAAGCCGUGAUCUUCAUGAUAAACCUGGCGCUCGCUGAUCUGGCCCACAUCCUCUCGCUGCCUCUCAGAAUUUAUUAUUACUUCUCCCACACGUGGCCUUUCGGACACGGAGUCUGCUUGUUCUGCUUCUACCUGAAGUACUUGAACAUGUAUGCGGCCAUCGUGUUCUUGAUGUGCAUCAGUGUGCAGCGGUGCGUCUUCCUGCUGAAGCCCUUCUCUGCGCGGCGGUGGAGGCGUCGCUAUGACCUGGCCAUCAGCGCGUUGGUGUGGGUGGUGGUGGGCGUGGCCUGCUCGCCCUUCAUCCUGAUGAGGAGCAGCGACGCUGACCUCAGUGUGCAGGCUCACUCCAACACGUCGCUCCCUGAGGAGGCUGCUUCUACCCAUCAGACCUCAGGUUUCCCCGCUGCCCCUCUGGCUACCAGUCCCUCUCCGACCCAGGCCAAAAGUUCCAGCUGUUUCAAAGACCUGCCCAUGCGCCACCUGUCUCCCUCUCUGGCGGCCACCAUGAUAACGCUCGCCGAGCUGUUUGGCUUCUUGAUCCCUUUGGCCUGCGUCGGCUACAGCUCCUUCCGCAUCGCCCGGUCCCUCCACCAGAGACGGGACGAGCAGAUUUCCUCGUCUCUCAGCCCCCCGUCGCACCGGCGGCUGCAGUCGGUGUCCUCCGCCUGUCAGGGGGAGAAGGAGCAGUCCGGCGGCGAGAAGCGGCGCGCCCUGCGGAUGGUGCUGGCCUGCACGGCUCUCUUCCUGUUCUGCUUCGGCCCGUACCACAUCAGCUUCAUGCUCUACCUGAUGGUGUCGCAGGGCAUGGUGUCGCACUGCGCCACCACGCUGGCCGUGCGCCGCUUUCACCCCAUAUCCCUGUGCCUGUCCAACCUGAGCUGCAUCCUCAAUCCCCUCCUCUACUACUUCCUGACGGCGGAGUUCAGGAUGCACCUGACCAAGCGGACCCAGUCCUUCUCCUCCGUCCUGUCGUCGCCCGUCACCUCCCCGACGCACUGGCUCAUGCAGCAGCGACUCAUGAGCACGGAGAGCAGCUGCUCAGAGCGAGAGCAGCUUUAGUUCCUUUAGAGAAUGGAAACAGGGAGAAACUGGAUCCUGACGAGCCAGAAAACAAGCUGACAAAAGUCCAAAGCCUCACAGGCCGGAGCUGGACAGGCGGAGGGCUGGACGACCGCUCCAGCCAAGAGCUGAAACUGCGGGGACGAUGUUGAGAAACUGUCAAGACUGGUAGCAGUGAUCCACAUAAAACAAUACUCAAUGAAAGCUCGCUGCGUUCUUAUGGGCAAAGUAGUGAAAACACACUUUUUCAGAAUGUUUUCAUGCUAGUUUACAUCAAAGCAAAGAGGAAAAAUGUAGAAAAUAGAGUUGCCAUUAUUUUCAUGUUGAUAUUUUACUGGUUUGUCUCAGUAGAGGCUUACUCAGGCUCCAGGACUCAAAUGAGAUUAAAACUCCAACUUUCCAGAGAGAUUAUUACUCUGCAUUAUCCUCAUUCUGACUCAUUUCAACUUUUUGGGUGUGGACUCAACACCAUAUCUGAAACUCUGUUUGUUUUCUGAAAUGCAGUUCCAGGAAAAUGUUGUUUUUAAUCUGUGCACCUGCCCGUCAGGAUUUGUAUGUCGAAAGUGUUAUUUUCAUGACAUGGACCAUUACCUUUUUUCACUUUUGAAGGUGGCAUUAUCAAGCAAAUCUCGUGCAAAUAGAAAAGAGUAGUAUUUAUUUUCAUAAUUUAAAUUAGGUUAAACGAGAUUAGUUUCCAGUGAUUUGAACCUUGUUCUGGAGGCACUUAUGAAGGCAGUAUCAGUUAAAAUGUGAUCCUCAGCACUUUAUAUGUGCUUUUCAUUAAGCUGAAAUUUUUUGAGACAAGUUGUUUUCAGGAAAUUUAAGUCCAGUAAUAUUUAUCCGCCAGUUCACUGUACAAGUGUCCAUUUAAAGCUGCUUAUUUUCCCCAGUGAGAGGAUGAUAGCUGGAUAUGAUUCCUUUUCUCUCUAUAUCAUCUUUGUAAUUGUCUGAAAACCCAUAACUCGGACAGAGAGGGAGCAAAACAUUAAAAAUCCACAUUUCAAAUUCUCCAAGAAUGUCAAAACAUUUUCAGGUGGCUCCUCAGAAAGCCGACUGAAAUGAAACCGAGAGGCGCGCCAAUAAAAGCCUUCCUCUAAAUUGUCCCUCGGUGGGAAUGUGUGUGUGUGUGUGUGUGUGUGUGUGUGUGUGUGUGUGUGUGUGUGUGUGUGUGUGUGAUGGUUCAGAGUGGAUCCUGCUGACUGGUGUGUGUUCCAGCAGCCGGCGACCCUGUCAAAUAGAAGAUGGACAGAUUCUAGAAAAACCUGCAGUUAACUCGUGAACAUGCAGUGAGAGAAAUAUGUUCAGUAAAAUGUAUAGUUUUGAUACUUUUGUUUGCAAAAGACUGCACAUUAUAGAAUAAAGAAAAUAAUUUAAAAAAAAAAAGCUCUAGGAAAUGCACGGGAAAGGUCACUGCCUCGAGCUUUCAGGGACAAAAAUCUGUGUUUUUAGUUUAUUUGUUGAGGUUUUUAAGACUCUGUAUUUCCUUUCAUUGGAUGUCAAAUGGUGCUCGGACUCCGUCUUUUGUCCUUUAGUCUACUUUUGAUGUUCUCUUGUACUCUCACAUCUUUUUUAAGCUAAAUGUUAAAAACAGGCGAACAUGUCGUCCACCGGACAAAGUCUCCUUUAUUAAAAUGCCUUGUUUCAUUAAAGAUCAGACGUGUUGCAAACGAAGAGUUUCACUGCCAUGUACACAUCCCGCCAUGUCUGAUUUACUGCAAAUAAAAGCUGCGCUAACCGUCAGA